GGACAUGAGGUUGAUCUUGUAAUCUUGUAUUGCCAACUGGAAUUGUCACAGUUUAUUAAAAAGCUGCGGUCCAUUGCUAAUAGAAAAACUGAGUUCUUACCCAAAUCAUAUUCGAUGGAUGCCUUAGAUUUAGGGUAGACGACACACCUCGGGCUGGAAACACAAAUUGAAGACGAUUUAACUUUGUAUCGGAAAACAUGGCGGAGGUAACUUCGUCAGACUAAUGAGAUCUACCACCUUCAAGUGACACUUCAGACUCGAUUUUUCCGUCAGUUUAUGGAUUCAUGUCAUGGAUACAAACUAAUGAAAACCGCGUCUUUAUUACGUUUCUUACAAAAGUAAUUCAAAAAACAUUUAUCCGCCAUCUCUUUUGGGAAAGUAUAAAAAAUAAAAGGUACAGAGUUAACUAUAGAUAACUUUCGAAGUAAAAAAUAUCUGCUUUUUCAUUUAUUAAGCCUUUUGAUCGACAUAUGGAUCUGCGAUUAUUAUGUUAGUUUACUUUUCUGUAGAUUAUAAAGUGACACCUAGGUAUUUACAGUUUGUAUGUUCAAAACGAAUUUUGAGAAAAAAAUUACGCUGAAUUUUAUUAUUCUCAUCUUAUACCUGAAAUUGGGUAAAAAUUGGACAGUGUGUGAUAAUUGAUACUUAACGCAAUGAAACCACGCAAAAGUUUCUUGUAUGUACAACUAUUUAUGCUUUUCAUAUAUAUUGGAUAGGUGCACAGCCAAAUAUUUGACAAAAAAGUAUAUUUCAUUGUCUAGAGGAAAGAGACCAUUAGAAGGACUCUCAUGGUCAUAUUGACAAAAUCAAAUCAUAGAUAAUCUACCUUGGUGGUUGGUUGAUUAUAAAAAAACCAACAAAAAAAGAUUUUGUUAAUUAAAAAACGUAUUAUAUUCGAGUAGAUAAUAAGCUUAGCUAUAGCGUGCAAAUAUAUUAGGUUAAUAAAACUUACUAGAAAAGGGACAAAAAAAAAUAAAAAAGAAAGUACACACUUUUUUGUUUUGUUUGACAUGUAUCUCUUCUUCUAAGCACAUUUUUUGUUGUUACUUCACACAAAAAUGUGCGCAAAGAGAAGUAAGUGAAUUCUUUUUGAGAGUAGGUAGUAUUGGCGUUACUAACUCCAGCUAUUUCGAUAUUGUAUUUCAUUCAUUUUUCAUAGAUACGGAUUUUGAUGAUGAUCCAUUAGAAACAUUGAAACGUUACAAACCUCGUAGUUUGGAUGAAUUGGAAAAACGAACAAAAUUUACAAAAAAAGAAAUUCAAUUAAUUUAUCAAGGAUUCAAACAGGACUUUUUAAUUUGUUUAUCAACAUUAUGUCGUGGCUCAAUCGAAGAUCGUUUAAGAUGGGUGUUUACAUUAUACGAUACGAAGAAAAGUGGACGAAUUACUCGAGAAGAUUUACAUCAAAUAGUUUGUGCUGUUUACAGUUUACUUGGUACCUGCUCGAAUCCUCGAUAUGGUGAUGAAACAACACGUGAACAUACAGCAAAUGUUUUCAAGAAAUUUGAUGUUGGCCAAGGAUUUAUUACAAUACAAGAAUUCAUGAAUGCUUGUCUCAAUGAUAAUACAAUAAUUCAAUCAAUUGAUUCUUUACGGUCGACUGUUUAA